CAGUUCGAGUCGAGAGCUCAACUCGGAACUGUCGUCCAGCGAAUAAUAACGUUCUACUCUUUGCUACCAGAGCUAUCGUUUCCUUCGAGAAAAUACACAUUUUUAUGCUAUAGCUGUUAAUAUGCUUAGGCCUAUCUUUAGUCUUCAGAAAAGAGACAUCAGACGGACAGUUUUUUUGAGCGCUCUACGAAAAAGAAUAAUAUACGGAAUUCCGAACGUUCGAUUCAUUCUGAAGCGAAACAAUUGGCUACUAUCUAUUGUUUGAUUUGGGGCGUGUUUUCAACCAAACGGAUACAGUUUAGUUUACGUCAAUUGUUUGGAACGUUGGUGAUCAUCAACUAUCACGACGGGAAAUCAAUCUGAUUAGCAACAGUUGCUGUUGAGCGAUAGCUGUCAUCUAUGAAACUAGUAGGACUACGUGCAUUUGCCGACUAUUUUCUGAACGCUUCAAUUCAUUGAUCAAAAACUUCAACCAGUGACGUAAAAAGUUGGUGAAAACAAGAUAAGAAACACGUCAUCAGACUAAAGGUCCAAAUAAGGGGAUUUCAGAAGUCAGAGCACAUGGAAUCUACAAAAGCAGGGGGUGUAAUAGCCUACAUCAGCUCCUCCAGCCCUGAGUCAUGUCAUAGUGACUCAAAUGACUGCUACAACUCCUCCUCCCUGACACACAACUCCUCCCACAGCUGUCGCCAGGGCAACGUGGUGGACACGCCCCUAACCAUGUUAGGUCUCCCACUGGCCCAUACUACAUCAAAGACCAGUGCAAAAUGCAGCAUUACUAAAAUCAACGGCCUGGUGCUGCUGUGUAAGGUGUGUGGAGAUAUUGCAUCUGGAUUCCACUAUGGGGUCCAUGCCUGUGAGGGCUGCAAGGGUUUCUUUCGUCGGAGCAUCCAGCAGAACAUCCAGUAUAAGAAGUGCCUGAAGAACGAGAGCUGUGCCAUCAUGAGGAUCAACAGGAACCGCUGCCAGCAGUGUCGCUUCAAGAAGUGUCUGCUGGUCGGCAUGUCCAAGGACUCUGUGCGUUUCGGCCGCAUCCCAAAGCGUGAGAAGCAGCGCAUGCUGCUAGAGAUGCAGAGUGCCGUGAACAACAUGAUGAACAACAACAGCCAGCUACACAGCCAGCUCCACGGCAACACCCCCCUCCCCCUGGCCAAUCAGCCUCAGGUGCCAGCCUGCCCUGGGGAGCCCCGCCCCCAAGAUGUUGACUCUGGUUUAGGCUCCGCCUCUUCCUCCACCUCUCCCACCGCUUCCCCCGGAUCCAACCAAUCAGAGGAGCCCAAACAUCACCCAGAGUCUGCGGUCGCCAUGGAUACAAGCCCAAGCCCUAUAUCGGCGUCUCCAUCAAGUGGUUCAGACCGCGGGUCAGAGGAUGGGAUUGGCUCGGUGACCCGGGCCCACCAGGAGACCUUCAUGUACAAUCAGAAGCAAGGUAGCCCCUCCCCCCAGUCCGAUGCCCAGCAGACCUCCCCGGGGGAGGAGCAACAUGUCAGUGACACUGGAAAGAGGAUAGAGGAGAGGAACCGGAACCAGCAGAAUGACCUGUCCCCAUUCACAGCCACUCAGGCCCACGACCAGGCUCAGGAGAGGCCCACCAACACUGGGCCUCAGGGCCCUGACAGGCACCAUUGCCAGGAGAACGACACCACCACCCCCAGCCAUUGCCCCUACAGCAGAGGUACUCCCACCCCCACCCAGAAUCAAUGUCCCUACAGCAGAGACAGACUGCCCAACAGCUCCCCUAGUGGCUAUUUCCCAGCCUACACCCACCAUGGAGGCAACAACAGCACUAGCCAGGCCACCUCCAACUCCCAUGGAGGAUUCACAGGACCACUGUGGAGCGGGGGCAACAGGAUGCAUCUGCUGUGUCCCAUGAACACAUCUCCCCAUGUGAAUCCCCAUAAGUCAGGCCAUGGGAUCUGGGAGGAGUUCAGCCACAGUUUCACCCCGGCCGUCAGGGAGGUGGUGGAGUUUGCCAAGCAGAUCCCAGGCUUCAGCGACCUCUCUCAACACGACCAGGUCAGCCUGCUCAAGGCUGGUACCUUUGAGGUGCUAGUGAUCCGUUUUGCGUCGCUGUUUGACGUGAAAGACCGCACCGUGACAUUCCUGGGUGGUACCAAGUACAGCGUGGAGACGUUACGAGCCAUGGGCGCCGGCGACUUCCUGACCUCCAUGAUGGACUUCAGCGAAAAUCUGAUGCGGCUCGGCCUUAGCGAGGAGGAGAUGAGCCUGUUCACCACUGUUGUCCUCAUCUCUGCCGAUCGCUCAGGGAUUGAGAACGUGAACUCUGUGGAGGCGCUUCAGGAGACUCUGAUCCGGCACCUGAAGGGCCUCAUCACUAAGAACCACACCAACGAGUCGGCCAUAUUCACCAAGCUGCUCCUCAGACUGCCCGAACUGCGCUCCCUUAAUAACAUGCACUCUGAGCAGCUGCUGGCCUUCAAGGUCCAUCACUAGACCAGAACCAAGUUCUGAACCUGGGGUGUAUUCAUUAGGCACCAAAUGGAACAUUUACUGAAAUGGGGAGGUACCACAUGAACUUUCCCAAUAAUAAAUGCUUGUUUUUUUCCCCCGUUGCAAAACCUUUUGCUAUGGUGUGCCCUAAUGAAUAUGACCAUGGACAUUGGGUCUGAGGCCUGUGGCUGUGGACCACAAAGCCCAUUUCUCCACCCACCCUGACACACCUCGGACAUCUACACUAAUGAACUAUGAACCCUGACCUCCAAGAGAACCCUCAUCACGCCCCUCACUUCACGUGAUCUUUUCCCUUCACAAACAAGUUGAAGUAGUCAGCAAAUGUGUCAAGAUCAAAGGGGAGGGGAAAUACUUAAGACUUCAAAGUUAUCGUACUGUAAGGCUGAAAGGCUUCUGUUGUAAUAACCAUGAAUGCACACGUUCAGACACAAGCAGAAGAUAUUAUGUUUCUUUGUCUUGUUUCUGUGUGUCUGUGUUGUGUAGGAAGUUUGCAACUGUACAACCCUUAGAGAAUAACCUUUUUAUAAAUAUUGUGUAGACGUGUAUUUUUGCAUCGUUGGUGCAAUAUGAUAUGUGAUUGAUUAUUUAGACUUUCCGUUUAGGUCUUACACCAUGGCUCUCCAACCCUGUUCCUGGAGAGCUACUACCCUGUAGGUUUUUGCUCCAACCCUGUUCCUGGAGAGCUACCGCUCUGUAGGUUUUUGCUCCA